GGGAGGAGAGGGUGAGGACGCCGAAGGCGCGGACCGGCGCGUGCGUCACGGGGGGCCGGGCCCGCGGUGGAUGGGCCUUCUGGGCGGGCCCGAGGCAGGAGAGGGUCCUGGGAAAAGAUGUUGCGGGGUCCUAAAAGGGCGAAGUUUAGAAGUAAAUUGUCGUAGGGGCGGGGCGCAAGAAAUAGCCAAAAGGGAGGAGCUACGUAGCCGUGUUCAUAAUGGGCGGAGCUUCGGGAUAGGGACUAACGGAGAGGGGCGGAGCAUUGCAGAGGGGCGGAGCCAAGGAGAACGAUCGAAAGGGGUGGGACCCAGGGCUACAGGCCUGGGGGCGGGGAAGAAGACAACGGAGUAGUAUUUCAAAGGGAGAUCCAGGUUCGUAGGGGGCCGGGCUCAAGCUGGCUCACGGGGGCGUGGCCUCGAGGGGGCGGGGCCUAGGCCUCGGGGUCUGCCCUCGCUGGCUCGCCUACCUGCCUUCACCCGCACCCCCGUUCUUUUCGGUUAUUUUCUGCUACGGCCGUUCCCCGCCCUGCCCUGGGCCCAGGGGGCCGCGGUCUGAACUUAGGUGGGCUGCAGCAGUCGUCCCCGACCUCCGUCAGAAAUGGGGAACGUGCAGUCGGAGCCGUCCGCAGGCGGGGGCUCCCGAAAAGAGCAGGCCUCGGACCGCUCCUCCGACUCCCGCCGGACGUCCCUGGCGGAGCCCGAGGUCACCCCCUCCUCCCCGGCCAUGCGCCUGGCUCGCGGGCUGGGCGUCUGGUUCCCCGGCAGCUCCGCACCCCCGGGACUCCUGGUUCCCCCGGAGCCCCAGGCCUCACCCUCACCCCUGCCCCCGACCUUAGAACUGCCCUCGCCAGUGACGCCCCUUUCUCAGGAGGCGGCUGCGGCCGCGGUCUCCACACCACCCCCGCCCCCCGUGGGGACCCUGAUGCCCGCGCCGUCUAAGUGGCGAAAACCCACGGGCCCACCGGUGCCCCGAAUCCGCGGUCUGCUGGAGGCGAGCCACCGCGGCCAGGGCGACCCUCCGAAUCUCCGCCCGCUGCCGCCGCCGCCGCCGCCCCGGCAACUGAUGGAAGAGGACCCCGACCCUGUCCCGAGGACCCCAACCCCGAUUCCGCAGCCCAUGGAGCCGCGGAAGCCGCUGCCGCCGCCACCUUCCGACUGCCAGCCCCCGGAGCGCAGAAUCGCCCCCGCGCUGGCCACACCCGCCGCCGCCCCUGCAGAAAGCCAGGCCGGGCACGGCGGCGAAGGCCAGGCGGGCGGCGGGGCCUGCGGUGGGGCGCUUCCCCAGGCCGGCGAGGGCGAGAUGGCCCGGCCUGCGGCCUCGGAGCCUGGCCUCAGCCUGCUGUGUAAAGUCACCUUCAAGUUGGGGCCCCCGUUGCCCCCUGCAGCGGCGUCGAGUUCCUUAGCGACCAAAGCCUCGCUCGGGGGCGGCGGAGGUGGAAGAUUCUUCUCCUCCACCUCGGGCGCCAUCUCUUACGCUGAGGUCCUAAAGCAGGGGCGCCUGGCUCCGGGGGCCGCUCGGCCCUCGGGAGACGUCCCUCGGGGGACUCAGGAAGCAAAGGGCGGUGAUGGAGACGGCGAGGGGUGUUCUGGACGCCCCUCGGCGCCAGCGACCCACGCCGGGACCCUUCCGCCACCACCUUACACCACCUUCCCAGGCUCGAAGCCCAAAUUUGACUGGGUGAGCCCUCCCGAUGGCCCUGAACGCCAUUUCCGCUUUAAUGGAGCAGGCGGGGGCGUCGGGUCGCCCCGACGGCGCGGGGCCGCGCUCUCAGGUCCCUGGGGCUCCCCGCCGCCUCUGCCGGGGCAGAUGCACCCGGCUCCUGGGCCCCGCAGGCCCUCGCCCGCCCUGCUGGCGCCGCCUAUGUUUAUCUUCCCGGCGCCCACCAAUGGCAAGCCUGUGCGCCCCGGGCCUCCCGGCCCGCAGGAGUUGCCGCCGCCGCCGCCGCCCAGGGCACCACCCACGCCGCCUCCCGCUCCGCCGCCCACCCCGCAGCCGCCGCCCACCCCGCAGCCGCCGGUGCUCCAGCCCACGCCGCUGCCCGUGGCGCCCCCGCCCACCCCAGGCCCAGGCGACUUGGAGUUGGCCCUGGCUCCCGCCCCGGCUCCCGCCCCGGCUCCCGCUCUGCCCCUUGCCCUGGCUGCCGACCAGGCCCCAGCCCGGGCCUCGGCCCCGGCCCCAUCUCCGGCCCAGGCCCCAUCUCCGGCCCAGGCCCCGUCCCCGGCUCCAGCUCCAACUCCAACUACGGCCGAGCCAUCGCCGCCCCCGCCCGCGCCUAAGGCCCGCACGCGCAGGAACAAGGGCUCCCGCGCAGCCCGGGGCGCGACCCGUGAGAACGGCGCGCCUGGAGACGGCCCUCACGAACAGACUGCAGCUGCUGUGACUGACAGCGGCGGAGGGAGUGGUGGCGGCGGGGCUCCUCCGGCGGGGACGGCCACCACGGGCGCCGCGCGCCACUGGCCGCCCUUUCAGGUGCUUAACUCGUGUCCCUGCAAGUGUUACUGUCGCCACCAACCGCGCCAUCGUCGCCUGCCACGCAACGUGUCUGCCUGGGAAGGAAGCUGGUCCCAGCUGGCCGGACCCUAUUCAGGGCCUUGACCCUGUGCCUGAGGGCACCAAGAGGGGCCACGUCCCAGGCUGCUCAGGAACGGGAGGGGAGGAGAUGUCUUCUGGAACCAAAUGGAUGUAAACGCAGGCCUCUGAAGGAAGCCCCGGCCUGGCCCCACACUGCUGAGCCCUCCCUCCAGCCUUGGCAACUUCUCCUGACUCUGGGACCCAGGCGCUGACCGCCAGAGGGCACUGACGCCCCAGUUGCUGUGCUGAGUCCUCAGAUCCCAGGAGACAGUGCAUGCUCCAGGUCCCCCUCCCCCACACUGGAUCUCAGCAUCUGGUCACCAGGACCUGUCUGAGUCACUGACAGACCCUCUGCCUUGAACCCCUGGUGCUCAGCUAAGACCUGGGGUAGGUGUGGGGGACACUAACCCCAACCAUCAGCCCCCUUUCCUGCUAAGUUUAAGUGGAUGGGCCUGCCCUAGACUGCCUCUGGGAUAUUCAGACGUGGCCCCUACACAGACAGGGAAAGUGAAGCCUAAAGGGCUGAGGGCCUGGCCACAUAGCAGGCCCUGCUGAUUCCACCCUCCCCUAGGCUGAGCACGCCCACCAACCACCUAAGUGAGCCGCCCUGGGUCGCCACCAUCAAGCUGGCUGGCUCGCUGGUAGCCGGGCUGGAGCACUACGACUUGCAGGCCACCCACUCCAACUGAGCAGCGUGCUCAGUGCCCUCUGCCUUCCCCUCCUCGACAAUAAAAUAACAUCCAGAUGCCUA